AUGUCCAAUAUCUCGGACAACGAUAUUUUUGAAAAUCGCUCGGUCUGCAAUUUCGGGUCCUAUCAAGAUAUUCCCAGUCCUUUGGAGGAGCCUAUGGAAUCCGAUACGCUUGGUGUUACAACUUCAUCGCUCAAUAGCCUGCCAAUCGGCUGCCAGCUGAAUGCUCUGAGACAGCUACGGCAGCCUCGCGCUACAGGUGACCUCAGCGACCCUUCCCAAUCUCGGUUGGCUACAGUGACUUUGCAAGAACCGCAAGCUCUCUGGGAACUAGUCAACAUCUUUUUCCAGGAAUUUGAAUCCUAUUUUCCAUGUCUUAACCAGGCCGUCAUAUAUGAGCGACUGUCAAUGGUUCUUUCCUUGCACGGAUAUGAGCAUGGAAACCAUCGAAUUGUGAUAGGUCCUGAACAUUGCAAGAUCAUCGCCAUUCUGUUGAACAUGUUAGCCUAUGCUGAGUCUCUUACCCGCCCUGUUGAAUCUUGCAAGCCCCGGCCAGUCCCGCAGAGUUACUUACAAGGGCUAAAGCUGAUGCAAUAUUUCAACAAACUUCACGAAGCUGACCUUGGAACGGUCAUCUAUCACACUACUUCGUCCGCUUUUCUUCUGGAGAUGUCGAUGCAUCACAUGGCCCUUCAGAGCAUCACACAAGGAUUCCAGAUUGCGUUAAAAAUCGGGCUCAACAACCAAACACUGUGGCCGAAUGAUGAUUCUGAUCUUGUAUCUCGCCAGGGUCUGUGGUGGACACUUUAUUUCCUUGACAAACGCAUCACGCAAAAAUGCGGCAUCACGUAUUUUCUACGUGAAGAUGAGAGUGCUGUGAGUGAUUUUAGCAAACUGAAGAAUCAUAUGGGUUCAAGCAAGUACGACCUUUUACAGAGCUUGAUAUCAUUCAGCCGCUUGUGGGCUUACAUUUGGGAUGGCUUCUUUUCACCCCAAGCCCCGAAGGUUGAUGAUUGGGGGGAAUCACAGAUGAUGGAUACGCGGAUUGUUCUUUCAUAUCGGCAAGUACCGCCGAACCUUCACUGGAAAUCGUCUAAGGUCGCAGAGUAUAUGUGCUUGGAAGGAGAGACACAAAUUCGCCAGAGACUUAUUGUAUUUUUGCGGUUCCAAUCCCUUCGUUUGAGUAUUCGCCAUAAACCUCUCACAUCUACUGAACAUGAUAUCGAGCGUCGGCAAACAUCGGUUUCAAUUUGUGAAGCAAUUAUCGAAGCAAUUCAAAGCUAUAUGACCAUGACCACUUCUUUGAGGCCAUCUGGGUAUAUUCUGACCACCUCCCUGGUCGAGAUUCUGUACCAUAUCGUUCCAGAAGAGUGUGAUCCAAAGCCUAUAUUUUCAGUUGAACUUCUGAAGGGGAUGGUGUGCUCUGCUAGUCAACUUCUUCAAACGCUAUCAAAUUCUGUCGCGACGGCAUCCCACGUAUAUCAAUAUUUACGGGAUCUUCUACCACCCUACGAUAGGUUCAGACCCCUUGACGGAUUGACUGCAUCUCCACCGAGCCAGAACGGAGCAAAUCAAAAAGCUCAUUUGGACUGCUCUGCGGAUUUGGACACUCUCUCUGAGACAUUUUGGAGAACCAUUGUGGAUCGACCAGGGCAAGACAGGAGUCCAGCUGGCAUACACUCAGAGCCCAAUAAUCAGGGCUUUCUGCCUUUUUCUAUGGCAAUGUCCAAAAAUCCUGCGACCGACUGCUUGCCAUUCAAAGUGGAUGACUUCCAGUGUCAACUUCUGAUGAACAUGGAUCUGGAAGAUAUAGCGUUCAAAGCCCAACAUGCACUUCCUAUGGACUAUUCUACCACCCACUUUGGGGGAGAUCUUUUGUAA